UCAAGAUAAAGUUCGUAUUUUAAAUGGCAAUACAAUAUUAAGUGCAACGAACGACGCGAGCGGGGGUGGUUGUGCUGCACGUGUUUUUGAAUUCUACUGUAAUGCAGUUAUUAUGAAUAAAAAACUUUAAUAUAUCUUUUAAAAGUGUUAAGUUUACGUUAAUAUUUUAUUGUUGUUGUGCCUGCAUAGUAUGUUUUGACGCAGUCGUCGUUAGCGCCGACAAAGAACACAGAUGCACGUAUCAUAUUUAUGAUAUUAGUGGAGCAUUCGUGACCAGCCAUGGAGAUGUCGCACACGGGAGGGGCGGAGGCCGAGAGCCUGCUGCGGCCUGAGAGGAACGCUGUCGUCAUGCCCGGACAGAGACAAGGACGUUGGGAUGCGGCGGACGAGAAGGCGCCGUUCCUUCGCAACGAACCGGUGAAGCUAACGCCGGCCUGGGAGGGCACCAACCUGCCCAAUGACACGCUCAACUUGAAAGGUAUAGCCAUGGAUUUGGCUCCUCCCAAAGACAAAUGGAACCUGAUAUUCCUGACGCUGCUCCUCCACGGGCUCGGCACGCUGACAGCCUGGAACAUGUUCAUCACGGCCAAGGAUUACUUUGUCAAGUACAAGCUGGAGAACGCGCCGGAGUAUUCCGAGCAUUUCCUGGCCUACGUCGGCUGGGCCAGCCAGAUACCGAACCUUUUUUUCAGCUGGUUCAACGUGUUUGUUAGGACGGGGGGUAACUUAACAACGCGUAUCGUGUGGUCGUUGAUGAUAGAAGUGGCGAUCUUCGUGGCGACCGUUGUCCUGGCUAUGGUCGACAGCUCCGAAUGGCCCGGCGCGUUCUUCUGGCUCACCAUGAUACUCGUUUUCUUUAUAAACGGUUUCAACGCGAUCUUCCAGAACUCUGUGUACGGCGUAGCAGCGCGUCUGCCCCCCAGCUACACGGGCGCCGUGGUCCUCGGCUCCAACAUCUGCGGCACCCUCGUGGUCUUCCUCAACUGGUCGUCAGAAUUCUUCGAGAGCGUCAGAACAGCCGCCAUCUAUUACUUCAUAGGAGGCAUGUUCGUUCUGCUCAUCUGCUUCGAUACGUACUUCGCUUUACCAUUAAAUAGGUUCUACCGCUACCACGAUACCCUACAACAGCGUACCAUGCAAGCGAACCCCGCGCUCGCCGCGACCAACGGCGCCGCUAAGGAGCACAUCCCCUACGGCGCUAUAUUCAGGAAAACUGCCGUACAACUGUACAACGUGUUCUUCACUUUCUUCGUCUCGCUAGCUGUCUACCCUUCUGUUAAUUCAGAUAUUCUUCCGAACAUGCCCGGAUUCCUUGGUACGAACUUCACUCGCCUCACUUGCUUCUUGACGUUCAAUCUCACCGCCAUGUUGGGAAACAUCUCAGCCAGCUUGUUCCAAUACCCAACCCGUCGCUGGUUGUGGGUGUUCACGACCCUCCGCGUGGCCUUCAUCCCGUUCUUCCUGCUGUGCAACUACAAGCCAGACGUCCGCACACUGCCGGUGCUGAUCACCAAUGACUGGGUGUACUGGAUCGGCGCUAUGCUGCUAGGUUGGACCUCUGGCCAUGGCAGCUCGCUAGGCAUGAUGUAUGUUGGAGGCGGCGUGGCCCCGGAGCACUCUGCGACGGCGGGUAUGAUCGGCGCGGCCAUGCUGGUGACGGGCAUCAUGAUGGGCAUCACGUUCACGCGCCUGUGCCCCAUCAUCGUCACCAUGGAGCUGUGGCGCGGCAUGUAGCGCGCGGCCCACUACCUGGCCGCCGCCUGGGGCGUGCUGGCGCGGGGGCUGGCGCACUGAGCGGACGCAUGUGGCCUCCAGUAAACAAAUCGCUAGUGGUACCUAAACGGCUCACCUUGACCAAGUGCUUACUUUAAAGUUUCUCACAAAUGAAAAAUAGUGCAUUACAACGACAUGUGAGUCCACAGAGCUCACAAAGUGUGCAAAAGUGAAUCUAAUUGUGUAAAAAGUACACAGAUGUUGUGUAGUGUGUAAAAGAUCAAGACAAGUGUAAUUUUGUGGUGAGACCUCAAGCAAAAGUGACUGUAUGGGACAGGACAUGCACCCUGUGUUAAUAAAGUUACUCAUGUAGGUAACUUGUCUUUAAUACAAUCAUAAGUGACCUCAUUAGAUAUCAAAUUAUCAAUAUUUGAGAAAUCAAGCGUCAAGUCUCUCGAAAGGUAUGAAGACUUUUGUAUAUGAUAUUAAGAGUGACAACAAUGUGUUCUAUAGCUAUAUAUGCGAAAUAUAUAAUUUAUGUUGUGAAUGCAUUUGUAAGUUGAGAUACAGAUUGCCAAAAAGUAAUAGUAUCAGUGUUGACUGUGCCUUUGUUUGUAGCACUGCUGUAAGAUUGUUGGACCUUGCCGUUAUGUAUUUUAAGAAGACAAAGAUAGUAAGACUUUUGGCAUAUGGGCCUCCAUUAUUACAAAAACUACUGACUUCAGAAGUUGACAACAUAAUCUGUGGUCCAGUGAGGGCUUUUUGACAGUAAUCUAGUAACCCAUGUGCUUAACAUCUAUAAAGUUUGUAAGAUAGUCAUGCAUUUACUAGAUGUCCUGUUCAGAUUUGAAUGCUAGUAAUCUAAGUUAACACCAAAUAUUUAGUUAUUUCAAUCGAAGAGAUAAUAUAUCAUUAACUUGAGUUAAUUGACUUACAAAUUAUGAAUUAUGAUAAGUUUGGUGCUUAUUAAGAAUAAUAUAUUAAUUUUGCUGUUAACUCCCGGUGAGGCUAAGUAAUUAUGUACAGAGGUGUAUUUUUAAUAUGUUUUCCUGAACAAAAUUAAACCGAGACUAUACAGAAUAAGUAAAUAUGUGAAUAGCUUAAGUAAAGUGAUAUCUAUUCUUUUGUUGCUUAGAAUUGAAACCUUCCGAUAAGUUGACACAAUGGCUUUAUACAAAGCAUAAAAAGCAUGUUUUUACAACAUAAAUGUGGCAAGAACUUUCAAAUAGAGUUAAAAUUGUUAUAUAAAAUGUAUAUGUAUAUUGUAUACUAAAUUUAACAUAUAAUGUCGCUAUAUAAAGUUAUAUAUGUAUAGUUUAAAGUUUGUAAGUGUGUUGAAGAUAUAUAAUAUUAAUGGGUAGUACAAGUUGGGUUUUUGUUGCUCAUUAUUUGCUGUUAGUUACUUUAUAAUGUUUUGAAUCUUAUCUUGUACAUUCAUAUCCACACCCUCAAUUUCUGAGAGGCUAUCAAUAUUAAAAUCUGUUAAUCAUAUGUCAACUUUUAUGUCAUAAACUGCUUGUUUUUCCUUUUAAAAACUUCUCCUGCACUAGGUGAUUUAAUCCUUGUGUCGCGAGUAGUCCACAAUCAUUCAAAUCACAUGCUUUAAAGACACUCAGACUCUUUACAAGCAUUCAUGGUUCACUCAGAUGCUUGUCAUAAGCUAGGACCGAACCUGUGACACAUUGCAUGCAGUGGGUUUGGUGUGGUGACCUUAACCCCUUAACCAUGCAGUCAAAAUCAGUGUUUUUUGUGUGCACAGCCAUUUUCAUUGACAUAUCACCAUAAUUGAUACAUUUAAAUUGAUUAGCCUUUUAGAAGCUGUAUGUUUGAAAAUUUAUUUCCUUAUGAUCAAUAAUUGAUAUUAUUUAGACUACUUAUGUGACCUAAUUUGAAACAUAGCUGUGUAGUAUCUUAUACUAUCCUUAUUUAAUGAAAAUUGUUGCAUUAGGACUGCAAAACAUUAAUCCAAAGUUCUUUCUAUAUUUCAAGUAAUUUAAGUUAAUUACAAGUUAUUUUGUCUAUGCACAAAUUGUAUGAUUUGAAAUUUUUGAAUCAUGUUUUUUCAGUAAAAUAGAUAUUGACAUACAGAUGUUGUAGCUCUCCAUUUUUUCUUUUGAUUGUUUUAAUGGAUGACGAUUUUAAUACUUCCUACCUAACAUAAUAUAUAUUACUGAUAGGUACAUACAAUGACCAUAAUUUUCCCUUUAAAUCCUUUUGUUGUAAUUAACUUUCCUCUCCAAUCUCAUUCUUGUAAUUUAUUAUAAUUAAUGUUAAUAAUAUAAUUAUGUAUGUUUUACAGACUGAACCACUAACAUUGAUGUAAGCUAUCAUUUGAAUUUAAGUUAUCAUAAGACUUAGCAUAUUGUUAUAAAUGUCCCUAGGUAACCGUUUAGUCUGUAUCUAGCGUUUUUAUGCAAAUGUGUGAGUUUUUAUUAAGUUACGCGUGAUUUGUAGUGCGUUAACAGUUUUUGUGACAAUAUUUUAAGCGAUACUUUGUGCUACUUGAAGUAGCCGACAUUAACGGGUUUUAUGUCUCAGGUUAAUUUUUACUUUUGUGUGUUCAUUGCAGAAACCAAAAACUUCAAAAUUUCGUAGCAUUAUAUCCUGGUUUUAUGACCUUUAUGUUUCCCAUCCUAGCAUGACCAUUGUUAGUCGCUAUUUAUUUGAAAGUAAAAUGUUAUUUUUUAAA